AUGGUGUGUACUUUGACUCCAAUAACAUCCGUCAUCGUUGUGUGCAAUACUAACAGUCGACUUGCCGCACUUAAUCGCGUCUUGGAUACCAUCAGCGAGUUUGUCGAUUAUUCUGUUUAUUGGUCUCUCUCUACUGCUUGUGGUUUCAAUGACCUUAAAGGAGCACUUCGUUUAGCACAGAGGGUCAUGCUUCACGAGGUUAUUGAGGCCGAGAAAGCCGAGCAAAUUGUAUCUAAUAAUGUCAGUACGAAUGAUCAGCCUCAAGACAAAAUAUCUGCGUCUCACAUCAUGAACGCGACUUUCAUUCUCCUUAAACGAGACGACCCUUUUUAUUGUCAGCGAAAGUUUACACUUGCAAUGGCAAAUGCAGCAGCUCGAGGUGACUUGCAAGUAGUAAAGUGGCUUGUCCAGCAGUUUCCAGGAUGCUACGUGACACUCGCAGUUGAAGAAGCAUCCAAGAACGGACAUUUAAACGUACUAAAGUGGCUCUAUCGACCUAACUUUGAAGAAAGGAGUAGUGAGGAAUCAAAACAACUUGACGUUUUUUGGGGUUCGAGAGAGCUCUUUUACGCUGGCCAGAAUGGACAUUUGCAAGUCGUCGAAUGGCUGCAGGAGCAUACAAAUCCUACUCCAACGCAUAUGUUUUUCGUGACACUUGAAGAGGCAGCAAAGAAUGGCGAUCUUGCCAUGGUAAAAUGGCUUUGUCAAGUACGUGGCGAGGAAUCUUCUUAUGCUUCCGUACUGGCAGCUAGCGAAGGACACUUGGAGGUGCUCCAAUGGUUUCGAGACAAUGUACCUAACCAUACAGCAUCAGCUUCAAUGGAUGAUGCUGCGGCAAAUGGCCACCUGCAUGUGCUUAGAUGGUUACAAGCUAAUGGGGGAUAUGCAACCACAGCUGCAAUGAAUAUGGCAGCGGGCAAUGGACACUUUGCUAUUGUUAAAUGGCUACAUCAAACUCGAAAAGAGGGAUGCACGACGGCUGCAAUGGAUCUCGCUGCUGCCAAUGGGCAUCUUGAAAUCGUACAAUGGUUGAAUGGUGUUCGACGAGAAGGAUGUACGAAGGCUGCAAUUGAUGGAGCUGCAGCGAAUGGCCACCUUUCAGUCGUACAGUUGCUUCAUCAAAGUCGGAAAGAGGGAUGUACUUCACGAGCUAUGGACGGUGCAGCCGCAAACGGCUAUCUCUCCGUAGUACAGUGGUUACAUCAACACCGAGAAGAGGGAUGUACUACAGCAGCAAUGGAUGGGGCAGCACGCGGAAACCAUCUGACGACCGUAGAAUGGCUACACAAGAAUCGUGAAGAGGGCUGUACACUCGCGGCUAUGAAUUUUUCAGCUCGCAACGGCCACUUGGAGGUGAUACAGUGGCUUCAUCACAAUCGGGAAGAAGGAUGUACCUCUGAUGCGAUGGAUGAAGCUGCUGCCCAUGGUCAUUUGCACGUCGUACAGUGGCUACAUUAUAAUCGUUCAGAAGGUUGUACUCUUGACGCGAUGGACAAAGCAGCACGUGCAGGACAUCUUCAUGUUGUGCAGUGGCUACACGAGAAUCGAAUUGAAGGCUGCACGAAGAAUGCGAUGGAUCAAGCUGCAGCAAGUGGUCAUCUGAAGGUUGUCCAAUGGCUUCACGUGAAUCGACUUGAGGGUUGCACGAGUGCUGCGAUGGACGGAGCUGCUGCGGGUGGACACUUUGAAAUAUUAUUAUUUCUACACAGUAUGCGCUCGGAGGGAUGUACAUCAAAAGCAUUUGUAAAUGCCACGACAGCAGAUGAGCUGGAGAUUCUGCAGUGGCUAUUUAAGCAUCAUAGUCACGAGUUUGGAAGAGAUCCACUUCAAUUGUACGCUUUCGACAAGUUUUAUACCCUUCGAUGGCUGAAACAGAGACCAAGAUAG